AUGGACACUGAUAUAUUAUUAGAGAACUUAUCAGCAAAACUCGGUAACAUGCUUAAAAAUGCCGAUGAUUUUAAUACAAUCAUUCGAAUUGGACAAGAUCCUAAUGUUCAAACAUUCUAUGCGCAUUCUAAUGUCUUGAGAGCAUUGUCUCCUUACUUUAAUAAAGCGUUAUCAAAGGAUUGGGUAAAGAAAGAAGAUGAAAUGUUUGUUUUUGAAAAACCGAAUAUUUCGCCAUCUUGCUUUGAGAUAAUACUUAA